AUGAGGCAACUGACAGAUUUGCCCGACGAGCUGCUCCAAGACGUGCUGUCGCUUCUUCCAGCACCAGAUGUGGUCUCGGUCUCUGCAACUUGUCGAGCGCUAUACCGGCAAGCCCAGGAUGACAAGCUAUGGGAACGCUUGGUCAAUGCCAAUCUCCCUCACACAAUCACCAAACCGGGCCCUUUUUCUUCCUUUCGGGACCUUUAUUCCGCCCAUCACCCAUACUGGUUCCUCCCCAGGAAUAAGAUAUGGUUCUCCGAUAAUGAAUAUACUGGCAAAUUAAUUAUUGCUCGUUACGAUAAUCGACGCGGCGUCAUUGAGGCGUUUCGCUUGCUGGCUGAACUGAGGGAUAAAAAUAGUGUAGAAUGGAAAUCCAAUCCGGAAGUUGCCAUUCAGCCUUUCAAUCCACGCUUGCGUCUAUGGGUAGAUGAUCCAGUCCUUGAGCUGCGGAAUCCGGAGCGACUGCGUCCCCAGGAUCGUCAGUACUCUCCGGAUCAAUUCAGAAUGUCUAUGGCAAGCCAAAGCGCCGGUGUCUGCAGCUCUUUUUCGCUCAGUCGUGGAAGUCUGGGUAUUUCUCCACGCGUGCGAAAUGACUUUCUUUGGCCGCCCGUUACAAUCCCCGGCGAAAAGUCUCUCCGGCGAAACCAUGAACUUCUCGCCGAUGACAAGUCUGAGACACUUCAGCAUAUCCAGAAACUUUCUGAUAACCCCAGGCAAAUCUCAGAAACCAGCUUUUAUCUCCGUAAGUGGCUCCACUUCGGUCUGGGUCAAGUUAUACUUCCCCGGCAGCCUGGGGAUCACCUAUCUAUAUUUGCGACUCUUGAUCCCGCGCUCUACACUCCUACAAAGGAAAAACCGUUCCAGGGUAUUUGGAUUGGAGACUAUAACUUCCAUGGAUGCGAAUUCCUUCUCUUUUUACAACGGGAUACCGGUGAACCAGCACCAUUAUCAAACAAUGCCAGACGACACCUGCGUUCCAUGCUAGGAGGCACACGUCCGGACUGGGACGACGAAGACGAAGAGGAAGAGGUGUCUUUACUCAAUGGACGUGGAGAAGACGCUUUUGAGCGUGCCAGUCUGCCAGACGCACAGGCCAGUAACGAUGUUGAUGAAAUUGACGGCGUCAAAUUCCAGGGUCGUCUCGAAGGUAUCAAACUGACGGGUGACCCGAAUAUCCCCCGCGGCGAAAUAUCUUUCGUGGCAGAAGAUAUUGGUCCCAAAGGUUUAAUCAGCGUUUCGCAGGACGAGGAGUUCCGGGGUGCUCGCGUUGUGAAUAGCAAGGGCCAUAUUGCGUUUCAACAUUAUACCGAUGAUCGAUGGGUCAAGACCCAAUUAUUCCUCAUUUCCCCGGAUUGUGUGGCGCAAUAUUGGGAGCCGAUGCGUCACAUCUCAUAUUUCCGACGGGUCGAUAUUGAUCAAUUCACGAAGAUAUGA